AUGUCUCUAGCCAUGCAAGACGAGAGUGAUCCGGGUCAAGGUAUUGAGUACGAGUGGAUGGACAGAGUCAAUUACACGCUUGGAGAGAUGCACACGCUUCGUUUUCUGGAACUCAGGAAAUGGAUUAUGACGGAUUAUCCAAAUCUUGGGACAUCGUUCGAUGAACCUGGAAAUUGGAGCGUAACGCAUCUCAACUUGUCGGAGUGUGGGCCUCUUACUCAUUACAUGACCUACGUGCUCCAAGCACCAAGAGAUCUGCAGAGCCUGACGAUGACAUCUUGGUUGACACCAGGUAGCAAAAUGUAUGGUGGUGAAGAUCCCAUUAGCAUAAAAGAAGCUGUUGAAACUCUGGAAUCGAUCAAGGAUAAUCUCCUGGAGCUUGAACUGGAUCCAGGACCGAGCGAGCACUGGGUACACCCAGGCAUAGGCAACAGAUAUUUUCCCAAACCGAUGGAGCCGUACCAGUCCCAUGCAUUCAAUACUUUCUCGAGGCUUGAACGUCUCACAGCACCAUUGGAGAUGUUUUCGCAAUCCACAGGAAAGAUGAGUCGCCGCGAGGACCAUACUUUUACACCAAUUUUCCAUCGUCGCUACAGGAGCUCACAUUGGUCGUUACAUCGAGAGAACCGUUUAACAAAGUACUAG